AUGACACCCUUUGCAGGUGAUGGCAUCAAUCUCGGCAUGCGGGAUUCUCUGCUGCAGUCUCGGGCCAUACUUAAGGCUUCCAAAUCGCCCUCACCCGAGACCAGUCUACUGGCCGAGAUCAAUUCUCUCGAGAAGCACCUGUUCGUACGAACAGGCCGCAAGUUUGACCAAUUACAUGCGGACAUGGUUAUUUUUCAUUGA